AUGCUAGCUUUCAUAACUACUGUAAUAGAUUCGGAGGAAGCCUUAACAUCACAAUUGAUUGAAAAAGAUGAUAAUGGAAAUGUGGUGGCGAAUCCGGUUGGUGAUAAAUGCAAAGUGUUUUUGGAUUUUUAUGCGAAAGAUGAGGUAAGUUGCGUCAAUCGCGCGUGCGGCUGUGCGACGCGGUCGGAAAACAUGAAUUAUUAAUUGUUUUCCGACCGCGCCGCACAGCCGCACGCGACUGACGAAGUCCAGUUGUUUUAAAUUUUGACAAUAAUUUUAUAGGGCGAAGCUCAAUUGUAUUGUGAAAGAUGGGGAAGAUUUGUAUUGUCUGAAUGGGGUCGUGAUGUUGAUAAUCGUGUCCAUUGCACCUAUGAGAAUGUCUACGAAUGCUCCAACAAUUAUGAACAAAUUCGUGGAAUGUGCUAUCAACAAUUCUAUGAACUCAACACUUAUGAGGAAGCUGAAAAGACUUGCGAGGAUUCGGUUUCGGGAGCCGUGAUUUUGAAGAUUCAGUCGAAAAAUCAUGGAGAAUUGCUUGAAGCCUAUUAUCCGGGAGAUUUGACAAUGUAUUUUGUGCAACCCGAUAAAACUCUUGAAUUAUCAUCGCUGUUUGUUGGAUCGAAUUCAACUGAAGCCGAAGAUCAAAACAAGAAUUAUGUGAUUCUUUUUAACUAUGGUAUACAUUAUGAUGUUGGGCCAAAUACAAUCAUCAAAUUGGACAAGACAGUCAAAGCAUUUGCUAUGUGUAUGUAUCAACCGCCUGAAACAAUUCUCAGUUUUGCAGCGAAAGCUAAAAAACUCGGAGUAUUGUAUCAUUCGACACAAUUGGUUGGUGCAAUGGGAGUUUGGAGAACUGCUUCACAUUAUACACCAUCGUAUGUUAUUUCUGGAAUUCUAAAUACAAGUUAAAUUUUAUAUAUAUAUUUAUUUCCAGAAAUAUCCCUGGUUAUCCAGACUCGCAUAGUGAUACUUGCGAAGCUUCGAUGAAAGCAAUUCUUGGAACCAGUGAUGGUACUUUGCUCAAUUUGAAACCGGCUAAUACCAAAUUGUUUAACGAAGAAGUUAAAAAAUCAUUCAAUCGCGCAUUCGGACCAUUUGCUUAUUGUGAUUAUUGGACUAAACAUCGUCAACAGGAUUAUCUGGUUCGUGAAGUUUACUUCAAUAGUAAGGAAACGGUGAGUUUGAUGGAAUGGUGUCUACUAUAGUUGGACAUCGACUAAAUGACAUUUUCAUGUUUUUUAGGCAAAUUAGUUGAAAUAUUGGGUUCUAAUGUUUUUCAUAUGAUAGAAUGGUCUAAGACGAACAGAAUCAUAUAAAUUUUGAUGACGUUUAGUCGAAGAGCCGCUAAAUCACUUAUGGAUAAGGUAAAGUCAUCAAAAUUUAUAUGAUUCUGUUCGUCUUAGACCAUUUUAUCAUAUGAAUAACAUUAGAACUCAAUAUUUCAACUCAUUUGCUUAAAAACCAUGAAAAUGACAUUUAUUCAAUGUCCAACUAUAUGUAGUCCAACACGGCAUUAUAUAAUCGUAAUUUGCAGAGAGGAAGAUCUUGUCCUGUUCAAGCCAACUUGUUGGAAUCGGAUUAUAAUGCGAAUUGGAAGCGCAAUUUGCGACCAUUCAAAUAUUCCUUUGUCUUUUAUCCCCAAAACGUAUCGAAUAGUUUGAGUUUUGAAGCAUUCCCUCAUGCUAUUCAUUCUCCAAUGCUUUGUGGAUUGCAUUAUUUGAGAGAUGAACAUAAAGCGAAUCCGAUUUGUCCUACUGGAUGGUUGACUUAUGAACGUACGUAUGAAACCAUUUGUCACAGAAAAUUCGACGUAGUAAGUGAAAUCUGAUUUUUUUGCGAGGCAUAACAAAGAUUGUUUUUUCAGAAUUUGGAUUUUGAUAGGGGUUUUCAAUGGUGUCGUGAUAAUGGAUAUGAAAUGUCAAGAUGGGACACGUAUAACGAGUAUUCGCACUUGCUACAAUUCCGUAUCGACUCAGGUGGUCGCGAUCCUUAUGUUAAAUGUACCAGUGUGUAUGGGGUAAUAUUUUAUUUGUUUUUAAACAAUUGAUUAUCAUCGAAACGUUUCGGUCAAAUUCAGAACAAUUAUUAUCAAAAUAAAAAAAUUUGGCAAAAAAAAACGGAGCCCAGAAAUUCAAAUGAUACUCUUCCCAAGUACGGUGUUUCUUUCAGUCGCUGCGAGACCCAUAUGCUCGUCUUUGACUUUGUUUCUCUGCCCAAUGGUGUGGUCUCGAAACGGUGCUAGUGACGCAGAGGAAUACCGUACUUGGGGAAAUUGGGAUUUGAAUUUCUGGCUUCUCUUUUUUUGGCAAAUUUUUUUACUUUGAUAAUAAUCAUAUUGUCGUUCCGAAAAAAAAAGACCGUUGGAAGAGAACCGAAAUGGCCUAGGAAACCAAAAUACAGUAGACUUCGCAAAAUUUUGGAGUCUUUUGAAAAAUAAAAUGCGAAAUUUACACGUUGGCUAUUUGCCAACCAGUUUGAUAUGCAUGUGUCACGUCAUUUUUAGUCUACUGUACGUGAGCGCCAAUUUAAACAGGGGUUCUUUUAUUUUCGGAAUGACAAUAUGUUCAAUUUUCAGUGUACCAACGUGCAGUGGAAAGAUGGACGUAAAGGCGGAGACUUGCGUUCUGGUGGAUUAAGUACUUAUUCAAGCCCCCAGGAAGUAAUGUGUGAAAAGAGAGCGAGCGAGUUUAAUUGA